ACUACACUGUACAAAACUUCUCGCGACACGGCCUGAAUGCGACGAGGUACAGCAAUGCGCUUGAUCGACGUGCGAUGAUGCGCUGCUCAGGACGGCCGUUGACCGCCACUACCGCUGCCCGCAGGUCCUGUCCUUUUGCUGCGCAAACGCCUUUUGCAAAUCCCCCACUGCGACGAUGCCUCGCCACAGCCCCGCCACCAUCCAGUCGCAAGAGCAGCACCACCAAGAAGACCAGUCUCAAUGUCCCCUCGGAAGCCCGCUUCAGUCCCAUUGGCGUUCAGCAUCUUUCUUCCCACAUCCACCACCAAGUCUUUCCUGGCGCAGAAACCAAACCCCCACCUGAACUCAUAGCUCUUUCCAAGGAUCACCUCACCCGCCAUGAUUUGCUGGGGAAGAACCAGGAUCAGAGCCCGCCUGUCGGGUUCGAUAUGCCCGAGCUGCAGGGCACGACACUGGACGAGCACUUCUACAAGCUAGGCAUGGACGCUGCUGAACCCUAUUUGGGCAUGGCAAAGAGGCUAGUAUGGGCAAAUCCACCACCAAGGCCAAAGCAAUGGGUGCGGCAGAGCGGCUGGACCAAAUACAACAGCGACGGGACGACGGAAGCAGUACAAGUGCCAGACGAGACGAUGCUCGUCUUCGAUACCGAAGUCAUGUGGAAAGAGACAUCGUUUGCGUGCAUGGCGUGCGCCGCCAGUCCGACAGCGUGGUAUGCUUGGUUAUCGCCCUGGCUACUAGGAGAGUCAGAGUCGGAUCGACAUCUCAUUCCCUUUGGAGACACAUCAACACCGCGUGUCAUUGUAGGCCACAACAUAGGCUAUGAUAGGGCUCGUAUAGCAGAAGAGUACAGCAUAUUACAGUCGAAAAACGCUUUUGUUGAUACCAUGUCGUUGCAUGUUGCUUCUAACGGCAUGUGCUCGCGGCAACGUCCCUCCUGGAUGAAACACCAGAAGAGCAGAGAGCAGCGCGACAAGACGGCUACUGCUGACGAGAAUGCAGAUUUGUCCUCGGUGCUGAAUCCGGACAUACUACCGGAUGAAGAAGAGCUUUGGAUGGGAAGGAGUGCAAUCAACUCGUUACGAGACGUAGCCCAGUUUCAUUGCAACAUCACCAUAGACAAGGCAAAGAGAGAAUACUUUGGCGAACUCGAUCGCGCAGGUGUGCGUGAUAUGCUGGAUGAGCUGCUCAACUAUUGCGCUGCCGAUGUAGAAAUCACUCAUCGUGUCUAUCAGAAGGUCUUUCCACUCUUCCUCGAAACGUGUCCACACCCGGUCAGCUUUGCGGCACUGCGCUUUUUGGCUGCCGAAAUACUGCCCGUCGACGAGACUUGGGAUGCUUAUAUCAACAACGCAGAGGCAACGUACCAUAGAUUGGACAACGGAGUGAAAGAAAGGCUGGUAGCGCUUACAGAAAAGGCACUGGAGGUCAAAGAUCAACCGAAUGUGUACAAUAACGAUCCUUGGCUAAGCCAGCUGGACUGGUCAGGCCAGGAAGUGAAGAUGGUCAAAGGAAAGAAGAAGGGCGACCCGCCUCGACCUGCAGCGCGACAGAAGAAGCCAGGCAUGCCCAAGUGGUACAAAGAUCUUUUUACCAAGAGUGAUGGCCCCAUGAAUCUUACCGUGCGAACUCGAUUGACGCCCAUAUUGCUGAGGCUGGCUUGGGAUGGCCACCCUCUGGUCUGGUCAGACAAGUACGGGUGGACGUACCGAGUACCCAUGGACGAAGUGUUUGCCUACAACGAAAAGGGAAUCAAGGAGUUGGACAUGUCUCAAGAAGAAAACCUGAAGCUGCGUGACGAUACUGCGCACGCGUAUUACAAGAUUCCACACAAGGACGGUCCGCUUGCAAGAUGUACAAACCCGCUUGCCAAGGGUUAUCUACAAUAUUUUGAAAAGGGCAAGCUAGGGUCCGAGUAUGGCUACGCCAAGGAAGCAUUGGAGAUGAAUGCUUCAUGUUCAUACUGGAUCAGCGCGAGAGAUCGAAUCAUGUCGCAAAUGGUUGUGUAUAACAAGGAGGCAACCAAUGCACCCAAACUGACAUCUUCGUCUGCCAAGACGGGAGGCAAGGUUGGGUUCAUACUGCCACAAAUCAUACCCAUGGGUACCAUUACGAGGCGCUCGGUUGAGAACACAUGGCUGACUGCGAGCAAUGCAAAGAAGAAUCGAGUGGGGUCGGAGCUGAAAUCGAUGGUACGAGCACCCAAAGGAUACUGCUUUGUGGGAGCCGAUGUCGAUUCACAGGAGCUAUGGAUUGCUAGCUUGAUCGGGGAUGCAACCUUCAAACUGCACGGCGGUAAUGCGGUUGGUUUUAUGACACUAGAGGGGACCAAGGCGGCAGGCACGGAUCUGCAUUCGCGGACAGCGUCCAUCUUGGGCAUCUCGAGGAACGAUGCCAAGGUGUUCAACUACGGUCGCAUAUACGGUGCUGGGCUGCAAUUCGCCUCGACACUGCUGCGGCAGUUCAAUCCCUCGUUGACUGACGCGGAAACGUCCAAGACGGCAAAUGAUUUAUAUCAAAACACAAAGGGCAAGAAGACGACGCGGAAGGUGCUACGCGAAAGACCGUUUUGGCGCGGAGGUACGGAAUCGUUUGUCUUCAACCGACUAGAGGACUUUGCAGAACAAGAGAGGCCGAGGACACCAGUGCUUGGGGCAGCCAUUACCGAAGCGCUCCAGAGACGGUAUCUUUCCAAAGGCGGCUUCAUGACUUCACGGAUCAACUGGGCUAUCCAGUCUUCUGGUGUCGACUAUCUCCAUCUGCUUAUUGUAUCCAUGGACUACCUUACGCGUCGGUACAAUCUUGACUGUCGGCUCGCCAUUACGGUACAUGACGAGAUCCGGUAUUUGGUGAAGGACAAGGACAAGUACAAGGCAGCCAUGGCGCUCCAGGUGGCGAAUGUAUGGACACGAGCCAUGUUUGCACAGCAAAUGGGCAUCAACGAGCUUCCACAGUCGUGCGCGUAUUUUUCAGCAGUGGACAUUGACCGCGUGUUGCGAAAGGAAGUGGACAUGGACUGCAUUACGCCGAGCAACAAGGAAGCGAUACCCCACGGAGAGAGCCUUGAUAUCAUGGCACUGCUUGACAAGGGUGCAGAAGCACGAUUGAAAUCAUCAACAAAGCCAAAGGAUGCACCAGCACCGCAGCAAUAUACACACGCCUUUACACCGCGUACGCCGAUUAUCAAGACGCUGUCGGGGUCUGACAGUGCAUCGCCAAUGGCGCUUGCUUAUGUCAAAGCACAGAUCACAUCGUCGGACGAGGAGCUGUUGGAGAUUACUAGACGGCUGCGAGCGCCAGUUGCUCGGCGGACGAAGGCGUCGAUUGAAAAGGAAGAAAGGGAAGCGGCGGAGCUGCUCCAAAUAGGUCAUCGCCUGGAUGUCAAAGAGUGGUGGGGGCAUGUUCAGGAACCAGCAGGUAGCAGAGACAAGAGUGUGAAGAGGCCAGAGUGGUGGCAGAGCCAGUAUGCGUCGCCUGGCAACGGGCCUACGGUGAGGACGGCAGGGUGGUAA